AGAGUGUAUGGAGGUUCCAGCGUUGGUCUGACCCACUGUGCUUGUGUGAAUGUGUUUGAAUGAGUGUGUGUGCCGACAGCAGCUGGCAGAGGUGACAGUCAUCAGCUUCACUCGUUUGGAAUAAAUGAAAAGCUACAAACUCUGGAUAUUUACUUGAACCAGCAAUGCCCUGUGUACAAACCCAGUAUGCCUCCCUGCCCUAUGACAACUUCUUCAGUUCUGAGUUCUUGAAUCCUGACCUCAGUGCCAAACUGAUGAUGGACAUCGGUGGGCAAAAGGACCAGCUGUCUACAUCUUCGUUGCCCAGCAUCAACACCUUGGUGGGAAAUGGCUAUGCGGGGGAGUUUGAUGGCUAUUCUUGCAAGAUCACCACCUCUCCUCCUGCCUCUUCAGUUUCAUUCAGCAACACUGCUGUGGCUGAAAGCCCUCAGAUGCAAAGCCAAGCCUUCAAGCUGGAUGAUCUCCAGGUGUAUGGCUGUUACCCAGGAUCCUUUGCUCUCAGCUGCCUUGAUGAAACCCUUUCCUCGUGUGGCUCUGACUACUAUGGCAGCCCAGUUUAUGCAUCUGCUUCUCCUCCGACACCAGGUUUCCAGACACAGUCUGCACCUGUCUGGGAUUCCCCUUUCAGCCCCUACCCCUCAGCCCCUGUGAACUCUCUGGCUGAUAAAGCUCCCAUGGCCCAGCAGCUCUCCUUUUUCUCCUUCAGCCCUCCACCAGAGCAGCUCUCUCCCUUGGGUCAGCAUCAGGAUGUACACCCAGUCCACGAUGACCCUUUCUUCCUGCCUCCUCAGCAACACCUUUCCCCGAUUCAUUGCCCCCCUAUGUCCCUUGAUAUUGGACCCCUGGAAAGCCCCAGGAUGCUGGAGGGGGCCAUGACAUCCCCCAAAACCCACAACCCGGUAUCCAGUGAGGGCUGCUGUGCAGUUUGUGGUGACAAUGCAUCCUGUCAGCACUAUGGAGUCCGCACCUGUGAGGGCUGCAAAGGAUUCUUCAAGCGAACUGUACAAAAAAAUGCAAAGUAUGUGUGCCUUGCCAAUAAAGACUGUCCAGUGGACAAGAGGAGGAGGAACCGCUGCCAGUUCUGUCGUUUCCAGAAAUGUCUUGCAGUGGGAAUGGUCAAAGAAGUGGUUCGCACGGACAGUCUCAAAGGGCGUCGGGGUCGCCUGCCCUCGAAACCUAAGACUGUGGCUGAGGCUUCAUCUACGACCCCCAGUGUAAACAUCAUAGCCUCACUGGUCAGGGCUCACGUAGACUCAAACCCGAGCAUUGGAAAGCUCGAUUACUCCAAGUACCAGGAGAAAGUGGACAGCCUGAAAGAAAAGGAGGAUGCCGAUGACAUCCAGCAGUUUUAUGACCUUCUGACCGGUUCAAUGGACGUCAUAAAAACUUGGGCGGAAAACAUCCCAGGCUUCACAGAUUUCUGCACUGAGGACCAGGAGCUACUCCUAGAAUCCGCCUUUGUUGAGCUCUUUAUUCUGCGACUUGCAUACAGGUCAAAUCCAGAGAAGGACAAACUAAUCUUCUGUAACGGUGUGGUCCUCCAUCGACUUCAGUGUGUCCACAGUUUUGGUGACUGGAUCGACUCCAUCAUGGAUUUCUCCCAGAGUCUCCAUCGCAUGAACCUGGAUGUGUCCUUGUUCGCAUGCCUUACAGCACUAGUUAUCAUCACAGAUCGCCAUGGCCUCAAAGAGCCAAAACGGGUGGAGGACUUCCAGAAUCAUCUCAUCACUUGUUUAAGGGAACACAUGGACGGGAAUGGAUCAGAAAUGAGCCGUACCCAGCCCAACUAUCUCUCUCGACUUUUGGGUAAACUCCCUGAACUGAGGACUCUAUGCACUCAGGGAUUACAGCGAAUCUUCUACCUGAAACUGGAGGACCUAGUUCCCCCACCACCUAUUGUGGAGAAGAUCUUUAUGGACACUCUACCGUUCUAAAAAAAAACCAUGAACACUCAUGAGUUAUCUGUAAAAUGACACAAACCUAAUUCAAGGUUUUAUUGGUGGACUCUUCUGGUGAGCCUCCCUUUUAUAGCACUGACUUCUGUUCUUACAAAUGUCUAACAUUCUUCGAUCAUUAUUUUUAUAACAUUAUGGUCAAAAGUCAAACGCAGUUCUGAAUGAGUACUGCAAAAAGAUUUAUUUCAGUGCAAUGAACCUGUCAGAUGAUAGUUAAAGUUCAGGAAACAGUUUAUAUAUAUAUAUAUAUAUACAUACUUGCUUGAUUUUUAAAAAGGCCUUUAUUGCUGUGCUAGGUGUGUGGAUGUUGUCCUGUUAUGCAGUUAGUUACACUUGGUACUCGGGUAGAUGCAAUGCAGUGUUACACGCUCAGUUUUUUCACAAAAGAAUACACUAAUCUCUUAAAGUGUUCAAUGGCCUUACUUUUUGAGCCCUUGAGAAGAAGCUGAGGUAAUAGAUUUUUAUUGAAAGUAGAAACACGUACUGUUUCUUUAAAGUGCUCUGGAGUCCUUUUUUCAAAAAGGUCAUAUUUACUAAUAGAUGGUUGUAGUCAUAAUACUCAUGUUGAAGGUCUCGGACCAAAGUUUACUCUUAUUUUUGUAUUACCAAUUGCAAACCUUAUUGCCUUAAAGCUACACAAAAUGUUCUGCCAUAACGCCGGUGCUGCCUUUUGCAACACCUUGUAAAGACUGAAGCUGGCAGGACUCCUGUUGAACCACAUGUCUCUGUAGAAACAUUUUUUAGGCCUUAAAAAAACAGAAAUUGACUCCCUUAAAACAGAAAGUGCCUUUUAAGUAAAUGGCCUCAGCCUUCACACCAAAAUAAAUGAUACUGAGUGGAUUUUAAUUCAGACAUCACACACACAGAGAGCCCCAUGUAGUACAGCAGUGAAACGCUCUACUUCAAAGCUGCAAUCGGAAUCAUUUUCUUACCUAGGAUGGCUGUUUAUGAAUUCAGAUUUGUAUUAGCAUUUUUAAAGUGCCUGGGGUAUGCUGUUGUCAGUACAUUUUGACAAAAAGUACACUAUACAAAAAUGCACAUUUCACACUGCCAAACUGGAAGGACAUCAAGUGCUGACAGCUGGUUUAGGAUCUACAAGAACUAAAUCCUGUUUAUAUGUUCCUGAUGCGGUGAAAUCCAGAACUACAGCAGAGCCAUCCAGCUUAUGAUUGAGUUAAGUCAAAGCACAUUUCAGAGUCCCCUUGAACUGUACCCAAAAUUAGACACAGCACAUCCUUUCCAUUAUUAGUUUUAACCUUAACAGAUCUAUAAGAAUCAACUUUAAUAAGUAGACAACAAAUGGUUUCUUGUCUUCGACUGCAAACACUCUGCCCAGCAUGUGUUUUAAACCUCAACUAUACGUGUUCGUAAAACUCUCCUACUGUCUUCCAUUUUCUUCUGAAUGGUGUUAUUUUUACAAGUCAGAAUGUUUGUUUUUAAUUUACAUUUCAAAAGAAGCUUAAAGAAGCUUAAAGAAACUCUUAAGGAAUCACAGUGACGUGAUGAGAAGAUGAGCAGCUAAAAGCACUUCAGUGUUCAACCAAGAGCACUUCUUUCUCCUAAUGUAUGAUUUGGUUUGACCUGUGUGUGUGGACUUUGAAAAUACUGCCAGGGCUUUCAUACCAUGGUGCAGGAAUAUUAAAAGAGAAUAUUUGAUAUUAAAACUUUUUGAAAUACCC